UUUGAUAUGAGGAAAUGGGAUAAGGCAUAUUCCAAAUAUUUACAACAGAGCUUCUAUUUGUGCGGUGUGAGAGGACUUCUCCUGCAACCUCUCGAGAUUUACGACCAGAUCGCAACAAGGCGCAUUCGAAAUCCAAGCAAGAGGCGAAUUCUGAACGCCCAGAAAUCUCGAAUUAUCCGCCUCCCAUGGCGGUUCAUUGAUGCCCUUUCUCUCCUCAGGCGAAACCAGUAGCGUACACGGAAGCCCAGAGACUCGGAAUUUUGCUUUCAUGGCGGAUUUGCUGAGCAAAGCGAUGACGAUGACGAAAGAGAAGAGCGGCCCACAAGCUCUUGUCAUGGGAAAAUACGAAAUGGGUAAGCUUCUCGGCCAUGGAACCUUCGCGAAGGUUUAUCUCGCCCGGAACGUGAAAUCCGGCGAGAGCGUCGCCAUUAAAGUGAUCGACAAGGAGAAAGUUCUCAAAGACGGGUUGAUCGCUCACAUCAAGCGCGAGAUUUCCAUCCUCCGCCGCGUCCGACAUCCGAACAUCGUGCAGCUGUUCGAAGUCAUGGCGACGAAAGCCAAGAUCUACUUCGUCAUGGAGUAUGUCCGAGGCGGCGAGCUUUUCAAUAAGGUCGCGAAGGGGCGGUUGAAGGAGGAAGUUGCCCGGAAAUAUUUUCAGCAGCUGAUCUCCGCCGUGGGGUUUUGCCACGCCCGCGGUGUGUAUCACCGGGAUCUGAAGCCGGAGAAUUUGCUUCUCGACGAGAACGGCAAUCUCAAAGUCUCCGACUUCGGUCUCAGCGCGGUUUCCGACCAGAUUCGUCAGGACGGUCUGUUUCACACUUUCUGUGGUACACCGGCGUACGUUGCGCCUGAGGUUCUUGCCCGAAGAGGCUACGACGCGGCGAAGGUCGAUAUUUGGUCGUGUGGGGUCAUCCUGUUCGUGUUAAUGGCUGGUUAUCUACCAUUCAAUGACCGUAACGUCAUGGCCAUGUAUAAGAAGAUCUACAAGGGCGAGUUCCGGUGUCCUAGAUGGUUUUCGCCGGAGCUUAUCCGGUUGUUGACUCGGCUCCUGGACACAAACCCUGAAACCCGAUUCACAAUUCCGGAGAUUAUGGACAAAAGUUGGUUCAAGAAAGGGUUUAAGCACAUCAAGUUCUAUGUGGAAGAUGAUAAGCUUUGCAACGUUGAAGAUGACGAAAUGGAUUCAAUUGAAUCCUCCUCGGACCGAUCUUCUUGUGUUUCUGAAUCAGAUGCUGAGUUUUUUGAGCCCAGAAGGAGAGUCGGGUCACUUCCGAGACCGGCGAGCUUGAAUGCCUUUGAUCUUAUAUCGUUCUCACCAGGUUUUGAUUUAUCAGGCUUGUUCGAGGAGGGUGGCGAGGGUUCUAGGUUCAUAUCUGUAGCGCCCGUUUCGAAGAUCAUUUCGAAAUUGGAAGAGAUUGCCAAAGUUGUGAGCUUUACAGUCAGGAAGAAAGAUUGCAGAGUGAGUUUAGAAGGUUAUAGACAAGGCGUCAAAGGUCCGUUGACAAUUGCUGCAGAGAUAUUCGAACUGACUCCUUCACUGGUGGUUGUGGAGGUCAAGAAGAAAGGAGGGGAUCAAACAGAGUACGAGGAGUUCUGCAACAAGGAGUUGAGACCCAAAUUGCAGAAUUUGACGGCAGACCAUGAGGCGGAAACCAUGGUUGAAUCUGCAGCCGGAGGAGCUGCUCCAUCCACAUUCCUGCCUUCUGACACUCCACCUGUAGAUUUGCCUUCUGACACUGAAUAGAGAUGAGGAGAAGGGGAAGUGAACUAAGAGAUGAACAUGAAAGGAAGAAGAAUCGGAGAAAGAUGGCAUCCAUAAGGGUUCAGGAUCAUACCCUACCUGCAGAGAGCAGCAUACAGGUAUGUGAAAACAUAGGACAUAUCUCUUGGCAUUACAUUGUACCAUUUCAUAGAAAGCUUAGAAUCUGCACCCACUCACUAUCCUUCAGAAUUGUUGCAUUACAUAUAUAGGCUUGAGGAGUCAUCUUGUAACUUGUAAAUGGCAAAUUCAAUCAGUGCUUAGAAUGGACAUGUCAGUUCUCACUCUCAGCAAAUCAGAGCUUUUUCUAUAUUAGGAAUCAAGAUUGAUAUCUUUUAUUGAAAUGGAAUAAAUUCGGUCGCAAUGGCAUUAUAGUUCAUAGAUUACUACUGUAUUAUAUACCGAGUCGUACAACAACAUCGCCUUAAUCCCAAGUUUAUUUAGGGUCGGCCACAUGCACAUGAACGCGGUUUGAUCUUCUUCAGUUCAGUCCGAACCACUGAUUUUUUUGUGUGGGGAUUUUUAUGGACAAAGACUUUGCCUAAAUGGGACCCUUAAGUUUUAUGAAUCAUAUGUGACUUGUCUUGUGCAGAUGCAAGUUGUGUUUUGUCUGAUAACAUUAUUCAGGGUUGUUCUUGAAUUUGUCUGCCUGAACUGAGGUGGAAGUACAUGUGCAAGCAAGCAGAUAACUAUAAGCUUCAUGAGAUUUUUUUUUUUUGUCUGGAUAUGCUCUCAAUGAUCUGGGUUCCCUGAGAUGAUAUUAUAAAUUAUGAAACAGAAUAUAGAAGUGAAUGAUGAAGACGGUGUUCACCUUUCCUUUCAUAUACA